AUGCUGCAGCAGCUGUCAUGCAUUCUCAAUGCACCGCCCGUCUGCCUGUCACAUGCCUUCUGUGCUGCCAUCUAUCCCUGGAUGCUCAACCAACGCUCAGUGUUGGGGCCCAUAACCUGUGUUUCUUUGCCCGCCCAUGCUACUGAGCAUAGCCACUUUCAGACUACCUCUGGUGGCAUGACGCGUGACCACUUGUUGGGCAUUGCAGUGGGGCACGUCUACUACUUCUUUGAGGAUAUCUAUCCAGUUCUACCGACAUCAAAGGGAUUCCGACUCUUUCGCACGCCAAAGCUGCUGAAAAAGGCCCUUGCCUCAGCGAGGAGUCCUGUUGCACUUGAUUGA